AUGACCGGUUUGGGCACCAAAUUAAAGCAAGCGGGUUAUGAAACUCAUUACAUCGGCAAAUGGGAUGCUGGCUGGGCCACUCCAGAACAUACUCCUCUCGGCAGGGGCUUCGACUCCUUUCUGGGCUUCUUGCAGGCUGAGAACGACUACUGGUCCAAAGACAGAGGGGAUUUGCAGUAUCUUCUGGACAUUUGCCUGAACAAGUUCCGCGACUUCUCUUAUUACAAUUCUACUUACCGCGGUGGGGUAAGUCCUGCAUUGGCCGCAGAGCUCGGUUGCAAUGCCACGCUCAUCAAGGACAAGCCCUUCAACGAGGUAGGUUGCGACAUGGAUAAUGAAAGCAAAUGUCUUCCGGACAGUUGCUAUGAAGAGGCCAUGUUUCUCAAGCAUGCCAAGCAGAUUUUAAAAAAGUUCGAUUUCAAAAAUCGUUCCAAGCCGCUCUUCAUGACCUUUGCGCAUCACUUGCCACAUGCUCCUAUGAACGUGCCGAAGUCCUUCCUGCAGAAGCUCGAUGAGCUGGUGUCUGCAACUGGUGUGCCCCAGAUAUUUCCGUGGACGUUGAAGCGCAAAAUCCUUUCUGCAGGUUUGCUCUACUUGGAUACGGUGGUUGGGGAGCUUGUGAGCGUCUUAAAGGAGCAAGGCAUCUAUGAAGAGACACUAAUUGUUUUUCUCUCCGACAAUGGUGCCGCUGCCAAUCUGCGCCAGAGCUCGCACAACUACCCGCUGAAAGGGGGCAAGUAUGCAGACUGGGAGGGGGGCUUGCGAACCAAUGCCUUUGUUUCUGGCGGGGCCAUCCCGCCUACUCACCGGGGCAACAAGUUCCACGGCGUGUUCCACAUUGCGGACUGGUAUGCAACUCUUAGCAGCCUGGCAGGCGUGGAUUAUGAAGACCAUGCCUCUGCAGAGGCGAACCAGCACUUGCUCGAGCAAGGUCUACCUCUGAUGGCACCAGUCGACAGCCGACCGCAAUGGCAGCAUCUUCUCAACGGUACCAAUGGGAGACCUGAUCCGCUGCUCUUGAGCGAUAAGACGGUCAUGAGGUGGCCCUACAAGCUUGUGACCGGAUCCCACAGGGGAAGUUUCUGGCCUGGCCCCGUCUGGCCCAUAUGCAACACCACAGAUCCGGUGGAACCCAACUUAGACGCCUUCGGUCAUGACGUGCCUUUGUACAACAAGUCUGAGAUGAAAAAGAGGACCUUUGUGGAGGACUGCGGUAGCGGCUGCCUCUUCAACGUGGACAGGGAUCCCAGGGAGCUGAUGGACCUUGCUGGGGAGGCCAGGUACUCAGCCGUGCUUGCCAGCCUCCAGCAGACCCUGGCGUCUUUGAAUGCCAAGAACAGCGAGGCGGCUACUGCUGAUGAGCCAGCAGUGGAAGCCUGCUUAAAGGCUGCAGAGAUGGGCGUGCUGGGGCCAUUUGCAUUUGCCGAGGACUUCUACCUGGCUGCGCCACAGCCGCCCUUGUCGAAGAUCCAGCAAGACAAGGAAGAAAUCCUGGAAGUGCAGGCAACCCUUCACAACGAACCGAGCCUUGGCACGUUUGUCGCAUACAAUGUCUUGCUACCUCACAUGAAGCCAGAUGUGGUCUGCUUGUCGGGCGAUUGA